AAUAGGACACUUUCAUCCCCACACCAACAUCUCCACACAUUCCGCGCACACAGCCCUCUUGGCAAUGGGUUGGGCUCCUUCUCUAUUCAAUGCCAUGCUGUGAUCUCACUCACCAAAGCCAGGACACUCCCCACAUCUCUCUCUCUCUCUCCAAUCACAAAAAAGAGGAAAGGCCAGAGCAUAAUAAAGAUGGCGCCAUCUAUCGAGCACUCAUCGAACCAGGAGAUGGCACCGAGGCUGCUUCCCCUUCCCCCCAUCAUUGACGACUCCUCCGAUGCCAAGGAAACAGCGAAGCCCACAGUUGAUCCUCCCUCUUCCGUUCUGCACCUCAAUGUCUUCGCCAUAACUCUCAAGUUUGAGGAGGUGUCGUUCAGAGUGAAAGUGGGACCAAAGGGAAGUAAGUCCUGCUUGGGGGUACCAUACUUAGGCAGCGGCGGCGGCGGUGCUGGUAGGAAGGAGAAGACGAUACUUAGUGGGAUAAGCGGUAUGGUGUACCCCGGAGAGAUCCUUGCGAUGUUGGGGCCAUCGGGCAGCGGAAAAACGACGCUUCUGACGGCGCUAGGCGGUCGACUAGCCGGAAAGCUCUCCGGCAAGAUCACAUACAACGGCCGGCCCUUCACGGGGUCGAUCAAGCGCAGCAUCGGCUUCGUGGCGCAGAACGACGUGCUGUAUCCGCACCUGACGGUCAUGGAGACGCUGGUGUUCGCGGCGCUGCUGCGGCUGCCGGGCUCGCUGAGCUUGGCCACCAAGUUGGAGCACGCGGAGUCGGUGUUGACGGAGCUGGGGCUCACCAAAUGCAGGGACAGCAUAGUGGGAGGGGCGCUGGUGCGGGGGAUAUCAGGAGGGGAGAAGAAGAGGGUGAGCAUCGGCCAGGAGAUGCUGGUCAACCCGAGCCUCCUGCUGCUGGACGAGCCCACGUCCGGCCUCGACUCGACCACGGCUCAGCGCAUCCUGACCACGGUCAAGGGGCUGGCCAGGGUAGGCCGAACCAUCGUCACCACCAUCCACCAGCCAUCCAGUCGGCUCUACCACAUGUUCGACAAGGUGAUCCUCCUGUCGGAGGGCUGCCCGAUCUACCAUGGACAGGCCUCCGCCGCCCUUGACUACUUCGCCUCCAUCGGCUUCGCCACCUCAGUCACCAUGAACCCUGCCGAUUUCCUCCUUGAUCUUGCCAACGGGAUAGCACCGGAGGGGAGGAAGAGCGGCGGAGGUGGUGGUGAUUCGGCGGAGCAAGGCGGAGAUAGGCAGCAAGGCGGAGAUAGGCAGCAAGCCGGGGCCGAGACCGAUCGGAAAUCGGUUAAGGAGGAAAUGAAGGAAGCCUAUAUUAAGCACAUAUCCGAAAAGCUGAAGUCCGAGAUUAGCCGAUCCGACGUCUGCUGUGGCUAUGGCUCUACCUAUGGCUCCUCUGCUUCAGCCAGAGAGCCGUCUAGAAGCAACAGAGGAAAAAGGCCAGAGGACCAGUGGUGCACAAGCUGGUGGCAGCAGUUUACCGUUCUGCUGCGGAGAGGGUUGAAAGAGAGAAGACAUGAAUCGUUCUCCAAUCUCAGGAUUUUCCAAGUCAUCUCAGUUGCAACACUGGCUGGCCUCCUGUGGUGGCAUUCAGACCCCUCCCAUCUUCAAGACAGGGUUGCGCUGAUGUUCUUCUACUCCAUAUUCUGGGGCUUCUUCCCACUGUAUAAUGCAGUUUUCACCUUCCCACAAGAACGUGCUAUGCUGAUAAAGGAAAGGUCCUCCGGCAUGUAUCGCUUGUCAUCUUACUUUUUAGCUAGAACUGCUGGGGAUCUGCCAAUGGAGCUUGCACUUCCAACAGCCUUUGUCACCAUCACAUACUGGAUGGGUGGCCUGAAGGCUAACCCUGCUACUUUCAUUCUCUCCCUGCUUGUUGUGCUCCUCAAUGUGCUGGUAUCACAGAGCCUUGGCCUCGCACUUGGUGCAUGUCUAAUGGAGAUCAAGCAGGCCACGACCUUGGCCUCUGUGACCACACUUGUCUUCCUGCUGGCGGGUGGAUACUACAUCCAAAAGAUUCCUCCCUUCAUCAUUUGGUUGAAGUAUUUGAGCUUCAGUUAUUACAGCUACAAGCUCCUGCUCGGUGUCCAGUUCAAUGAGGGAGAUACAUAUAAAUGCUGGCCUGGUGGUUUAUGCCGUGUCAUCGACUUCCCUGCCAUCAAGUCUGUCGGGCUCACACACAAUGAGCUGGAUGUCAGCGCUAUGCUGUUAAUGAUGGUCGGCUACCGCUUAAUCGCAUAUGCAGCAUUGCGCAAGGUUCAGCCAAAGUAACCUAGCUGGGCCUGCACAUGCGAUGAAUAACCAUAAUUUUGAAGGUGUUGACCAAGACCUUUUCAGCCUUGGUGCCCUGUUCCUUGUCUCCUUUUUCUGGGCUCUGGCUUCAUGGAUGAGCAAAAAGCCCCUGGUCUACAAGGCAUAACUACAAGAAAGAAAGUUCCUUUUCCAGUUACCUCUUUCCUUGUUUUCAGAAAGAUCAAGAUUCUGUCAUGACUAAGCAAUUACUGUAAGAGCAGAUAUCGGCUUCCACCAUAAGAACAAGAUGAAUAAAUAGAGCAUCCAUAGACUUUCUUUA